AUGGACUCGUCGAUCAACCGCAAAGCUCCGUACGUGGAGUACUAUAAACCAGAAUACUCAAAUAUGUCACAAAGGCCUUCUCAGGAUCUGCCACAGAACCUUGGUCCACCUCCAGGAAAUCAGUUCAGCUUGCUGCCUCAGUAUCACCAAGUCCAGCCGUCUGGCCAAGAUCCUCGCUUUCAAGUGCAACGGCAAGAAGAAAUGUCGCAGUUUAGGGUGCUGCAGCCCGUGCUAUCACAGCAGCAACUGUACUAUAAUCCGUCUUACCAAUAUGGUGAAGCACCUUAUCCCACACAGUACGUAUCAUAUCGGGCUCCGGGACAGAGGGCAAGCUACUCAAGUUCGAUAUUGAGAGAAAAUACACCAGAGCCUGCCUACAAUUCUCCAGUUUCUAUCCCAGUAUCUAUGCACAGUGGUAGCUCUAAUAGCUUCGGAGGUUUGAUGCAGCCUCAAACACAGCAGCUCCGGCGCCAGCAACUGCAACCACUGCAACCACUGCAGCGGCCAUCACAACCACAAGGCCAUUUGGAAGCACCAGCGGCUGAUUUCGAAACUGUAAGAAUACCAGCAGAGCUGAGCUCUACCGAAUCAUUGCAGUACCCCUCUAUGGUACGCUACCUGAUGCAAGAACGGAGGAGUUUCAAUGUUCCAUCAUCUUACCUCCAGCAGCAAAAGCAGCAGCAGCAGCAAUGGCAGCAAUGGCAGAAUCACCAGCAACAGCAGCAGCCUCAACACCAAUUCCAACAAUGGCAACCUCAAUCCCAUCAUCAACAACAGCAUCAUAUUCUUUUGCAUCAACCACCAUCCCAACCGCAGCAUCAGCAGCAACUUCAGCCAUCGCAUCAAAACCAACCACAGCCACAGCACCAACCACAACACCAACCACAGCACCAACCACAACACCAACCACAACACCAACCACAACACCAACCACAACACCAACCACAACACCAACCACAACACCAACCACAACACCAACCACAACACCAACCACAACACCAACCACAACACCAACCACAACACCAACCACAACACCAACCACAACACCAACCACAACACCAACUGCAACCACAACACCAACCGCAACCACAACAUCAACCACAACAUCAACUGCAACACCAACACCAACACCAACAUCAACACCAACACCAACACCAACCCCAACACCAACAUUCUCACCAGUAUCCACACCAACCGCAACACCAACAUUCUUACCAGUAUCCACACCAAUCGCAUCACGAAACCCAAAACCAUCCUCAACAAGAAAAUACCCAGUCGCAGCACCACCAACUUCAGCGUCAUCAACUGCAGCAGCAGCAAGCUCAUACUCAUGUGCAGAUGCAGGGGCCGGGGCCAGUGCACAUGCAAGUGUCUCAAAAAUCUAUACUGGAACGUCAAGAUAUACCAGUACAACUUCAAAAGCAGGAGGUAAAUUUGUCUGGGGAGCAGAGUCCAGAGAAGCAAGACAUUACACACCUUUCUCAAAAGCUGGAGCAGGUAUCAAACAUAGCAAGAACAGCAGUUCCAUGGGGCAAUGAAGAAAGCAAGCUGUUGGUGCAGCUGAGAGAAAAUGGACUCACUUGGAAAGAAAUCGCAACCCGUUUCUCCAAUAGAACUUUGAAUGCUUGCCAAUUCAGAUGGAAGCGCAUCAGUUUGAACGGCGGUAUACAUUCUGAUGAAAAUGAUUUGGAACAAGGAAAUAACAAAUGUGACAGCAAACUUGAGGUACGUGGUGAAGAAAGCAAAGCAAAGCAAGUAACUCCUGAUGAUAUCUCCACAAACAAAAAAAAUGAUAAUUGUAUCAACGCUGCUAACAUCAGCACCACCGGUCCGACCAAACGUAAUGCAGAAAUUAAUCUUUUUGAUGAAUCAGAAUCAUCUCUUAGUAGUGAGAAAGAACAGAAGAAGGAAAGAAGGAGUUUGAAUCGCUCUAAGAGGCCUUUACAGGAAGAAGCCAUUGAAGAUAGACCUUAUUUUAAAAGACUUAGGUCAGCAACUAGAAGUUCUAGGGGCAUCAGCAAUUUACUUAAUAGUAAUGUCUCUGAAACUCGUAUUGUCAAUAAGGCAUACUUUGAACCCGUUAAAGAUAAAACUAAAAAAGAACAAGAUUUAUUUGAAUCUAAACAACGCAUAGCAACAUCAAAGGAGGAUCUUGAAUAUGAUGCUACAGAAAAAAGCGGUGUCCGGACUUCAAAUGUCCAAGGAGAAAGCGAAAAAUGUACAAAGAAAUUCAGUAGAGUUCUCAAACUUGAGGAGCUGGUUGAUAACAAUGUUUCCAGACCCCUCGAAGUUGUGAAAGAGAACACUGAAUGA